UUCGCGGAAGUUUCUCAGCAUCUUCUCUCUGUAAAUUUCCAUAGAAUUUAACGAACCUCCCCCAUGCUCUUAUAAAUCGACCCUUAUAAGCUUUCAUUUCUCUUCAUCUUCCAUCACACAUCAAGCUCUCCUCCCCUCUUCUUCUUCUUCUUCUUCCUCCUUCUGGUUUUCUACCCUUCUUUUCAGCCAGUUACAGCUUCCCCUGCUUCAAAAAUGGCCGCCAAGAGGCUCCUUGAGGAUUCAGCUAACAUCCCAGACAAACAGGACGGCAAGAGAGUCAGACGCUUGCCAUCAUUCACAAUGGUUAUCAGGAAAGCAUUGGCAGCAGAUUGUAUAAAGAACCUAUGCCUUGCGUUAGAACCACUUCUUCGAAGAGUGGUGCAGGAAGAGGUGGAACGGGGGCUUCUUCGUCGUGCUUGUUUGUUGCAGAGAUCACCUCAAAUGCUCAUAGAAGAACCAAAACCAUGUUCUGCUCUGAAACUAAUCUUCAAAGAACCACCAUCUCUUCCAAUCUUUACUGAGAAUAGAAUCGAAGGCGAUGAUGGCUUCCCCUUACAGAUUCUCAUCAGAGAAACAGAUACAGGAGCGAAGCCCACAACAGCUCUCCCCUCAUCAAUCAAGCUUGAGAUAGUGGUUCUCAAUGGAGAUUUUCCUUACGACGAUUCUGAAAACUGGUCCAGUUCUGAAUUCAAUCGUUAUGUGGUUAAAGAAAGGAGAGGAAAAAGACCACUUCUUACCGGAACUACUGCCGUCACACUUAAAGAUAGAGUGGCCGCCAUUGAUGAGCUUAAAUUCACUGAUAAUUCGAGCUGGACGAGAAGCGGAAAGUUCAGAAUUGGGGUUAGAGUUUCAUCGGAGCAUCAUCAGAUUUUAAGCAUUCGAGAAGCUGUGAGCAGUCCUUUCAAGGUUAAAGAUCACCGAGGAGAAAUUAAUAAGAAGCACUAUCCGCCAUUACUGAGCGAUGAGGUCUGGAGGCUGGAGAAGAUUGGGAAAGAUGGAGUCUAUCAUAAGAGAUUGGUGGAAAAGAACAUUAACACCGUGCAGGAUUUUCUGAAGCUCUCAGUUAUUGAUUCUGCACAACUGAAAAAGAUAUUGAGAAUGACUGAUGGAAAGUGGAAGGCCACCGUCAAUCAUGCUAGAACCUGCCCAUUGGGUGAUAAGCUCUACAUACACCAUGCCCCUCAUUUCUCCAUUGUUUUGAAUCCUAUUUGUGAAGUUUUGAACAUUUCGGUUGAUGGUGCCUUACAGACAUUCCAAGGCCUCAGCAUUUCAAUGAGGGCCAAAGUGCAGGACUCAGUAUUGGAGGCUUACAACUGCUGGGAUAGGUUGGAAGUGAUUAGUUUUCCAUCACAAGCUGAAACUCAUCAGAAUGAAUAUUUUCUGAGGUGGGACUAAUACAGAAGAUUGAGCUAAUGGGAGUAGAAAAUUGGUCACUGGAGAUGCAGAACAGUGUCUUGUAACAAGAGAGGAGGUAGAUUGAAGAAGAUGUGUAGGUGGUCGCCCUGAUGAGCAAACAAGAGGUGGUUAAGUUUAUUCUUUUGUAUCAAGUUAUUUGCAAUUAAUUUAUUUUUUGAAGAUUUACAUAUGUACCACAC